AUGCAGAAGCAGAAAAGGCCCAAGUUGGACAGUCAGGAGAUGUCAGACAACACCAAGAGCUCUCUGCCAUUUCCCGUGUUCCUUCCAGUCAACUACCAGGUGCGAGAUGCAGAUUGCUUCUUCCUCAAGGAGACCGGUCAGGACAUCAUGAGGAACUCCAGCCUGCAGACACAGACACAGCCAUUUGUCAUCCUGAGAGCCAGCCGGCCGCCUGUUGUCAACGUCAGCUAUGGGCCCCUGUCCAAAGAGCAGCCUGUCCCUCUAGACCUGAUCCAGUCUGUGCAGCUGUUCCGGGCCCCGGGGGUAUUCACCUAUAACUGGAAGGUUCAGUUCUUUGUGCUGACCCCCCAGGUUUACUCCUCCAUGCCCAAGGUGCGGGUGUUGUUCUAUGUGGCUGGGAGGGACUGGGACAGGGGAGAAGAGGGGUUAAAUGAUGAGUUGCCCUGUGUGAUGUUGUUUGCCUUCUGGCAGACCCAGGAGGUAAGGGGCUCCUGUGCCCUUGGAGGUCAGAGGGGCACCUGCAUGGCUGAGCUGGAGCCUGUAGCCAACUGGUUUAGUCCCGCAGCAGAGAGCUCUAGCCGGGAGAAGCUGUACCUAACAGAGGGCAACACAGUAGAGCUUUACUACCAGGCCCGGCCCAGUGCCUACGGGAAGUGCAGGGAGUGGGAUGGGGGCCGCUGGGGUAGCUCAGAGCAGCAGCAGCAGGCUGAGUACGUCCCUGUUACUCCAAUGCAGAGAAUCGGCAGUGUACGCCUCUUUCAGGUGCCCAAGGGAGCUGCAUCUCUGUCUCAACUCAAGCUGGGAAAGGCCGUUGUCAUUCAGACCUCCUCCAAACCCCUGAAGAAAGAUAUCGCCACUUUCAACAUCCUCACGACCAGCUCCUCCUCCCCGAAGAACUUCACUCUGCGGCUGGACAGCAGUCUACUGGAGGUCCUACAGAUGGACUUUGAGGUGGAGGAGCAGAGCAGCCAAUCAGACAGCCGGGUGAUCACAUGGCGCCUGGAGUUGCCCGCAUACACCAGGGAUGGGGGGAAGGAGGGUUCCAUGAAGAUCUACACCACCCAGAGAGACUUUGUGGGCCUGGCCACACUCGUCAUGGACACAGAGAUCCUGAACACGGCGGUGCUGACUGGGAAGAAGGUGGUGUUGCCUGUCAGGACUGUGGCUGUGGAGGAGGACGGGUCAGUCACUGACGUCUCAGACUUCACCAACUGCAGCUCCACUGAUGAGGACAUCCUGAAGGUGUCAGACAGGUGUGACUACGUGUUUGUGAAUGGGAAGGAGAUGAAGGGCAAGGUGAGGAUGAUGGUGAACUUCACCUACAGCUACCUGAGUGCCCAACUGGAGAUGAACGUGUGGAUCCCACGGCUGCCCCUCCAGAUCGAGGUGUCUGACACAGAGCUCAGCCAGAUCAAGGGAUGGAGGGUGCCCAUCAUGACCAACAAGAGGCUCAGCUGGAACAGUGAUGAGGAGGAGGAUAAAAAGGGUAAAGGCUGCAUGUUGCAGUUCCAGCAUGCCCUUGUGCGUGUGAUCACACACUUCAUAGCCGAGCAGUCGGACCCCCGGGAGCCCCAGGUCUACUUUCUGGGCUCAGACUGGCAGGUGGACGUCACCAGGCUUGUGCGCCAUUUCCUCAAGGUGGAGGACCCUCGCAUCGCCAGACUGCAGGCAGGCAGGGUGCUGUCAGGACAAGACAUGGGGACCACCUCCAUCCAGGUGUUCUCCCCCCUGUCUGACUCCCUCCUGGCAGAGAAGACGGUGACGGUAGUGAAUAACAAAGUGACCAUCACAGAGCUGGGAGUGCAGCUGGUCACCGGCCUGGCUCUGUCCCUGCAGCUCAGCCCAGGAAGCAACAGGGCCAUCCUCGCCACGGCAACCAUACAGGAAGUGCUACAGAGCCCCAAACAGGAGGCUGUGGUUAGUUCCUGGGUCCAGUUCAGCGAUGGCUCCCUGACCCCUCUGGACAUUUAUGACCCAGCCUACUACCGUGUGACACUGACCUCUCUGGACCAGGGCGUGGUGUCGGUGCAGGGCUCCCCGCCUGCAGUGGUGGCGGAGGGCGAGGGGCAGGGUGUGCUGGUCAGGGUGGAGAUGGCCAUCUGUGAGGCUUGCCAGAAGUCCAAACGGAAGAGCUCGCUGGCCGUGGGCAGCGGCAGCCUCAAGGUCAAGUUCCAGGUCAACAGCCGGCGCUUUUCCAGCAAUAGUAGCAACAACAGUAGCAGCAGUAGUGGAGGUGGGGUUGGCAGUGGCAGCAGUAAGGACAGCAGCAGUGACUAUGGGAAUGAUGGGGAGGAGGUGGACAGUGAGAGGAAACAGCAGCAGCCCCAGCAGCCCCUGCCCAGCAGCUCAGCCUCAGAGCGGGAGGAGAGCGCCAUGCGCAAGGUCACCACAACAGCCAAAUCCAGUGAGCCAGACGCCGCUCCGUGGAGCAUGACCAGCGGUGGCAGCAGCCAGGGCGGAAUGGGCAGGGCGAGUGAAUCAGGAAGUUUCUUAAAUGCUGCAACCAUCAACAGUCCUGCCAGACCCAUCAAUGACAGUGAUGUCAGCAGCCCUAGUGACUAUGGCACAGCUGAGGGGACAGACAAUGGGCUAAUUGGAGGUAUAGGUAGUGUUGCAGUCAGUAGCACUGUGAAGACACUUGGUAACCUGAUCAACUACAAUAACUUCCCCUCUCAGGUGGAGGUGCCUGACCAGGAGCGAGUCGAGGUGGACAUGGGCAAUGAGGAAAUGCUGUCUAACCGGCCUCUCUCAGACUUGGAGAUCGGCAUGUACGCUCUGCUGGGAGUCUUCUGCCUGGCCAUCCUGGUCUUCUUGGUGAACUGCAUCUCUUACGUAGUAAAGUUCAGACACAAACAUCCCUCCUCUCAUGGCCAGGAGCCCACGGGGCACAAGCACGACUGGGUGUGGCUGGGCACUGAUGCAGAGCUGGUGAUGAACGUGCCUGGCACUCCCCUCCAGCAAGACGACCACAGCACCACAACAGUCAUAGACAUUGGGCCUGAUAAGACUGCCUCUCUGCCCAGGCAGCCCAGCUGCCUAGCCUCCUCCAGACCCUCCUCUCCUUUGGUCUGUGGGGGCUCCCUCGGGGCCAAGCCCAUGAACCGCACUGAGUCCCUCCACUCCCCCACAAGCAAGAGGAAGAGGGUGCAGUUCACCACCUUUGCCUCUCUGGACCGUGAGCACUCCCCACACCUCCCCAGAGAGAACGGCCAUGGCAUCCACUGGGUGGGGAAGGAGGAGAACUAUGUUGAACCCCAAGUGCCCAUGACAGAACCUGUGGAACAUUUAUAAUACAUAAAGGGACCGUUUCACCCCAACUGUGGGUGUGUAUGUGGCUUUGAUUGCCUCAAUGCCUUUAUUUAUGGAUAAAAGCAGACACAACAUAAGGAGCAUCACCACAAGUGGUUAUACUUAUUCAUUAUCUGUGGUUAGUUUUAAAUAUCUGUCAAGGCGUCUUACAUGUAAAUAUCUCAGAUGCUUUGUGAGAGACAUUUUUUGUAUUAGAUAUUAGAGAAAACACUGUGAAUACGUGUGAGGAUGCUUCUCAUCAACCGACUGAUGGCACUUUGUGUGGUGGAGAGGAUAAAACGUUUGACUCAGGCCAGUUGAAAUAUCUUUUUUUACAAAAAAACACAGAGGGUCUUGUUGCAUGUGAAAAAUGUAAUCAUCUUACCUUUUACACUCACAUGGUGGUACCCCCUAAAGCAGGGAUCAUCAACUAGAUUCAGCCACCGGACAAUUCUUUUCUUUGUAGAAUGCAAAUUGACCGCAAGAAGCCAAAACAGAUAUAAUAUUUGACUAUAGCAUAA